AUGUCCACCAUGAGCGUCGACCAUGAGCUCUGCCGCGACCACCGCUACGUCCAGCUCGACGUGCUCACCCGCGACCUCCGCCACGAGCUCGACUCGCUCAACCACCAGCUCCGCCAGCUCGUCAACGACUCCUUCGACGAGUUCGUCCUGUUAGGGAAGUCGAUCAAUUUGGACACCGCCGACGCCGAGGACGGGCCCGAUCUCGCCGCCAUCCGCCACGAAUUGACCCACUAUGCUACUACAGUAAAGCAGAACCAGCAGCUGAUUGCCCAGCUGGCGCAGACGGCGAGGGCCGUCGUCGCCCAUAGACGCCGUCUCAUCGCCAUCAAGACCUCAGCCAAAAUGGGUUUAAUCAUUAACGAUUUGGUGGCAACGUUCGAUAAACUCUUGGCUGACCCCCACCCGCCUACACCUCAGCUCAUUGGAGUAUAUCUUAGUAUUAAGCUGACUUACGCUCAAUUGGAACCGCAACUGCCGGUAGCUCAAGUUCUUAGACUGAAAGUGGCCUCAGUGACUCAGGAGUUUACUGGGUUUUUGGCAACGUUACCGCCAGCUGAACGUGUCGACGUAACUAAUGCUAUUACCCACGCGGAGCUGACUUCCACUCCCCCAACCCAAACUCCCGAAACUGCUGCUCAAUCGUGA